AAAAAAUUAAAAAACCAAAAAAAAAAUAUAUUUGUCUCUGUCGUUUCGUCCCUUCGAUCUAUAAAUCUUAAUUUGUGUUUGAGUUAUAACAUUAAUUAUAAUCAUUAUGGGAUUUCUUGAUAAACUUUGGGACGAAACGUUGGCGGGUCCCUUACCUGAAUCGGGUUUGGGUAAACUUCGAAAGUAUAACUCUUUCUCUGCAAGCUCCGGCUUCCGGUCGCCACCGCCGAUGAAGGAAGAUGUUCCUAUUAGUCGUAGCAUUAUGAUUAUUAGAACUCAUUCUAAUUUUGGUAGAGGCACUGUUUCGGAACCUGUUUCUCCUUGUUCUUCUACACCUAUAUCCCCUCGCACCCCUUUAUCACCCGAGACACCCGGCGGCAAUUUUAAGAAAUUCACGAGAAGAAAAUUACAUAUUGAUCCAACUGAGAGCUCCGACCAUCGAGGGUGAUUUUAUGAGUGCUUUGGAUCGUUGUUGAGAGAGAAAGGAAGUAAGAUAUUUUGCAUUGAACGACGUCAUUUGGGAUAUAAUUAACAUUGAUUUUUAAUUUCUAAGUGGAAUCAUAUAGCAUAUAGUUGCUAUUUAUAUAUAUAUUGUAUAUAUUGUGUAUAAUGUAUAUUACUAUGUGUAAUAUAAGGUACGUACUAUAAGUUAGUGGCCUGUGCUUCAAGAGAUUAAUGUUGAGUGAAGGAGUAGUACAAAGAAAGUCACUAGAAGUGUAUAUUUUGUAUAUAUGGUUUUUUUUCUUCCAUUUUUUUAAUUUGUUUUCUCAUUUUUUAGUUUUGGGUGGUGACUAUUGUAAAUAUGGAUUGUGUACUCUGAAAUCUGUGUGGAACUCAAUGAAGCUUGAAUUAUAUUA